CUGGCCGUGGUUCAGUUCAAACCCUCGACAGUGUUAACUCGGGAUCGUUUAUUCUAGUGCCAUUUGGACUAGCCUGUGGUGUUAUUUGGCUAAACUGUGCUGUCAGUUAUCUAGCCCGUGCUGUCAUUUGACUAACCUACGGUGUCGUUUGUCGUAUUGUUUACGGAUACUACUUUAAAAAAAUAAAUAAACUACUUUGUGGAUGAACGUAUUAUUGUAAUGUAAACAAUGCCAUCACAACAAACCACUUGAGAGUUUAGGCAAUGUAUCAAGCUUUACCAGUUACAAUUAAGAACAUGUUCACCCCAGUUUGCUGCUGAAUUAUAAUUUCUUCAUUCUAUAUCUGUGAGUGGAAGGCCCACCCUGUGUCGCCAUGGCUAUGACCAAAAUCAAAGGGCUGCAGAUGUGGUGCAAGAGGAUGACGGAGGGCUACGAACACGUGGACAUUGCCAACUUCACCACGUCCUGGAGGGAUGGCAUGGCUUUCUGUGCCCUCAUUCAUAGGUUCAGGCCAGAUCUCAUAGACUAUGAGUCAUUAUCCCCAAAUAAUGUUUUUGAGAACUGCAAAUUGGCCUUUGAGGUGGCAGAGAGAGAGCUUAAUAUCCCAGCAUUCCUUGAGGCAGAUGACAUGGCCAGGUUGAAGGUCCCAGACAAACUCAGUGUGAUCACCUACGUGUCUCAGUACUACAACUUUCUCAACCCCCUUCCACAGUUGGGUGGUCCAGGUGUGAAGGGCAAGGUCAAAGCUUCUACUGGAACUAAAAGGCCACCAGACAAUGACCACUCCACAGGACCUUCAUCUAAAAAAUCAACAACUAACGCUAAAGAAAAUGCCAACCCAGCCAUUGAUACAGUCAGAACUGGAUCACUGGGGGACAAAUGUGCCAUCUGCCAGAACAAAGUGUACCUGCUGGAGCGCCACAUAGAGCUGGGCAAGCUGUUCCACCGCUCCUGCUACCGUCACAGUGAGAUGUCCCCCACCAGCAAGGUGUACACGCGCUCACCUUUCCUGUCCCCGUCACUUAGCACUGAAGCUCCCCUCAGCCCCUCCUACGUGGCCAGUGAGGCCAGGGCAGGUCAUGGUGAUGUGGUGGCGACAGUCAAGGAAGACUCCAGGAUGAGUAAGCCCAGUGAGGUCAAGCCCAGCGCCACAUCUGAGCAUUUGCCCAGCAGCAAGAGAGUCGAGACAGCGGGGAUGAAGCAUUCUCUUCCAGAGCCAGACAGAGACGAUACAAAAAAAUCCAAAUUCCAGCCUAAGAACAUCUUUUCUGCUAAAACUGCUAUCAAAGAUAGGUUAGAAAGUCUCAAAGCGAAGUACUCAGAGCAUGGUAGUUCGUCCUCGGAGAAUGCCCUGCCGUUGUCUAGUAAAGAGGCUAACAAGCUGGAGAAAAGAAACCAAGAGAUUCUGUCUGCGGAAAAAACCGCAGCUUCUGUUCAGAAGGGCACAAAAAGAAAUGUCCCUUUAAUCUUUCAGCAUAAAGAAGCUGACAUCUCUGAAAAAGGUGCUUCAUCUACUUCGCUAGUGUUACCAAGUUCGUCAUCAAAGUACCCCAAUCUUUCAGCCUCCGCCUCAGCAGUUGACUCCAGUUCCUCUGGGGUCAAAUCUGCUGCAGCGCCCAGGUUAACCACAAGCUCAGCACAAAACUCAGGCUCUAGUAGACAACUAGAGGACAAGCCAGAGGAGACUGAGAAGCAUCUGGAUGCGGUCACAGCGGAGGUGAAACCCAAGCUUGACACCGUCCAGUCUAAAAGCGUGCCAAUGGCUAAACCUAGAUCUGUGAUACCCAAACAAACCUCUGCAGAGGAUUUACACUCUUCUAAGACAUCGCUUAGUCCGAGUAAAGACAGUACACCCAAACCCGUCCCUAGAAAAAUCAAAACAGAAGCUGUAGAGAAGAAGCAAGCACCAGAACGACCUAAAGAGCUCCCUCAUGUUAAGCUGUAUGCAGACCAGGAGAGUAAAACCUCUCCCCUGUCACCCCCUUGUGGGUCACCCCCACCCCUGCCCUCUACAGCACCCCCUUCAGUUUUACCCCACCCCAACACAGAUAAUGAAAAACCCGUUGUUGACACUACCCACAUAAGGAAACAACAUGAAGCCUUGCCUCAGGAUAACUUAAGAUCCAAACUGAUCCACAACAAAUCUACAGAAGGUAAGGAGUUGGAUCGCAGGCUGUCAACACCUCUGCCAGUCAGCAGUGAAAUAACACUAUCUGUGGAGAGGAAAAAUGAAGGCCAGGUUCUAACUGGGCUUCUGGCAUCACUUUCUCAAGUGAGGGGGCGGGCAGCCUCCACCCCCAGCAUAUCAGCCACCCCAUCCAAAAGUAGUGCUUUAUCUCUUCACAGUGACUCCCUGGGUAAAAAUGGUGCAUCCUUUCUUCACAGUGAUUCUACGAUAAAAAAUGGUGCAUCCUCUCUUCACAGUGACUCUACCAUAAAAAAUGGUUCAUCCUCUCUUCAUAGUGAUUCUAUGAUAAAAAAUGGUGCAUCCUCUGUUCACAGUGAUCCUACGAUAAAAAAUGGUGCAUCCUCUGUCCACAGCGAUUCUACAAUAAAAAAUGGUUCUUCUUCUCUUCAUAAUGAGUCUGCAGUAAAAAGUGGUUUAUCCUCUCUUCAUAAUGAUUCAAUGAUAAAAAGUAGUUCCUCUCUUCAUAAUGACUCAACUGAUCCUGUAAAAAAAACUGGUUUAUUAGCACAUUUGAAGUUUGAUUCAAAUGAAGGUGCAGUCAGCUCACAGAACAGCCUGGCAAAAGAUGUCAAAUCUAAGAAAGACAUGUUGAACUCCUACACGUCCAAAUCAAUGCUUAAUACCCACACCGACUCAAACAGCGCACCAGCAGUCAGAGCUACAGGAAGCUUUGACUUGACCCCCAAACCCUCAAAUACUCCUCACAAAACCAAUGAACCAUUCACUAUUGCUGGUUCCUUAAAGCCAGGUCCUGGUGCCUCGAAAACACAACAUCAGCUGAUCCCAGAUGAUAGCUCACAGACUAAACCAAAAUCCUCUACAACACUUGUGGGAAUUCUGAAGAACAGUGGUACAAAAGUGAAUGUUGGUGACAUGCAGGGUGCUUCAUAUUCAGUUUCAAAACCUGGAAUUUCAGAAAACACCAAUAAUGGGGGAAUUCUGAAGAACAGUGGUACAAAAGUGAAUGUUGGUGACAUGCAGGGUGCUUCAAAUUCAGUUUCAAAACCUGGAAUUUCAGAAAACUCAAAAAACGUUUCUAGUCAAAUUACGGAGAAAAAGGACUCUGCCAAAAUUGAUCUAAAAGUCACCAGCAAUAAAGAGAGCACAGAAUCAACAAAGGUGACGGAUACUUCACUUCAGCUCAGUAACAUCAAGUUAAAACGAGUCAUGCCUGAGCGCAGAGAGGUAAAAAAAGCAUCUGAUGCACCUGUAUUUGAUGUGCACCUGAAGAAAGUGGAUGACACACCUGUCAAACCAUCCAGGCCCUCCAAAAGCAACAUUUCCACCGUCAGUCAGCCGGCACUUUCUGAAACCCAUAAGGAUACUUUAGCCAAAACUUUUUCUAAUGAGGCCCAAAAAGAUAAUCUAGUCAAAACUUUUUCUAAUGAAGCCAAUAAAAACAUUCCUUCUAAAAUCUCAUCAAAUGAAGCCCACAAAGACCUUUCAUCCAAGAAAUCUGCCUUUGAAGCCCCCAAAGAUAUUGGAAUCAAAAUUUCUGCAAGAACUGAUGAUACACCAAAUGAAGUUUCAGUAAUUUCCAGUAAGUCUGAAUACAUCCCUCAGUGGAAGGUAGAUAUUGAAGAAAGGAAGAAAAGGUUGAGGGAAGAAAUGGCUAGGUCUGAGAUUGUCAGCAUGAGGUCAAAGUUCACCUCACAGAAAAAUGACAGAAAAGAACGUCCAAAAUCAGACGAUGUUAGCAUCUUGCUGAAAGACAGUGAGAUGUCUAACGUGGUGCUGAAUAACAAAAACGUUUCCAAAGUGUCUGGCAACCUCUCCCCACGCAGGAAGUCUGUGGAUGUUUUGGGCAUCAGGGGCACAGAGAGUGACAUAGAACAGAUCCUCAAUGUCAAGGCCAAGUUAACCAAACCCAGAACAUCCAAUGAAUUUGAUCAGGGCACGGAAAAGUUGGACUGGCAAGUCGAGGCGGAGAAAAGAAGUGCUGCGUUAGCUGCCAGGGUGAAUGGUGAAGUGAAGAAGGACACGGCCAGGGUCCUACCCCAGGUCCCGGCAGAGGACCAGAGCAAUCGUAAUGAAAGCAGGAUUAAAAAACUCGAGAUAAAAGUAGGGGGUGAGGACAAGAAACAGAAUGAGAAAAAUGUUGAGCAAAAAUCUAAAAAUAAGUUUCAAGAUUUGAUUAUCCCCCCUGAUGUGAAUAAAAAGCUAAAAUCCUUUGAGGCCCACAACAUAGUAAACAUACAGAUUGAACACAAAACACCGACUGAAGAGAACGGUUCUAUUGUUGAAGACUUUAGAGAAAAAUUAAGGCAGCUGAAGCAUGUGGAGGUUGACAAAGUUCAGGAAUCUGUUGAUUCUCUAGGAAACGAGGAACUAAAAAAUGCUAAGGCUCACAAAGAAACGAUUAUGGUCACAAGACAUUUGUUAAAUAACACUAACAAUAAUUCCAAAUUAACCGAUAAUGACCACAUUGCCCGACUUGAGCAUAAUCCACCGGAGCAUAAUCCAUCCGAGCAUAAUCCAUUGUUGUUUCACACUAUUAGCCUGGAUGACACGGAUGUGUUAUCAGAGGAAGGUAAAACUAAAGAGGAGAAAACUCUGAUAAACAGUGAAGCCCACUACUCUAAAGAAACAGCUAAGACUCAUGAAGAGCCGGAAACUUCUAAGUUCCCAAAGGUUAAAAGGAAGAUCACAGUAUUAGGAAGCAAUCAUAUGAAUAAGUCUGAGCCCCUCCCCUCGACACCCAACAGGCUCAAGAAAAUAGAAGUGGGCACUAAGUUCAGCUUUGACCAUAGCUUGGAUGUUGAGUCGAGUCUGUCAGACUCAACCCAGAGUAUGACCAUUCAGGAUGUCCACACCCCCAAACAACAAGUACCUACACACUUCCAGGAGAAAGUGAAAAGUCCACAUCACAUCUCAGCUAUAGAACUACAGCAGCAGCUGCUAGAUAUUGACAAGAAACUCAAUGACCUUGAGUUGAGAGGACGUGACCUGGAAGACUCCAUUCGACAAGUCAACACAUAUGAGGAGGAGGAUGAGCUGAUGCUGGAGUGGUUUACGUUAGUCAGUGAGAAAAAUGAUCUGGUGAGAAAAGAGGCUGACCUGGUCUAUAUAUCUAAAGAGCAGGAACUAGAAGAUGACCAAGACCAAAUUGAGUCCCAACUCCGCUACAUUAUGACCAUACCAGAGGAAUCCAAAUCUCCUGCUGAGAAGCAAGAGGAAGAAUAUUUAAUCAAAAAGAAACUGGAACUUGUUGAGCAAAGAAAUCGCAUAGUUGACAGCAUGGAUGAAGAUAGAUUAAGAUAUCAGGAAGAAGAUAGACAUUUAGCUGAAAAACUGAAGGGCAAAGGAUUUUUAAAGAAUCCAAGUGCCACUCUAAUAGCCCAGAAAGGGAAGAAAGUAGCAAAGUCAAAAUUUUACACAUAACCCAGGCCCUGUGAUACUGAUCCUCUUUUUUUUUUUUUUUCGUGGACUGCAAAUCCUUACAAGUUCAUCUAAUGUUGGCAAUUGCAAUGAGUUUUAAGCUUAAAAAUAUGGACUGGACUGCAUUUAUGCUGAUGUAAAUAAAAAUAAAAUGAAACAAUAUAUGAACCAAAUGAAUUUCUGGCAACAACUUCAACACUUUAUUGGAGGUUGGAAAAAAUAUCUGUACAAACUUUGUUUAUAUUAACCUGUGGUUUUUCUAGUCACUUGCCUGAAUUGAUUUAAUGGAAACAGAUUUUAAACCAAUGUUGUGAUUUUGUCCCUUAUGGCUUCUCUGACUACCGUUACGCUGUUGUGUAUGUUAUAAAUUUUAAAUUCCUUGUCUUCAACAUCCAGUGAAGAAAAUUAUUUUUAAACUCUUUUUUUUAUUUUGUCUUGCAAAUAACAUUACCAAUAGACCAGCUAUUUUUUUAAAAUUCCAAAAUGGACCAGUUAUUUUUGUGUUCCAAAUACUUCAUAACGCAUGCUUCAACAAAGGUGCUUUACUUAUUCCUUCUAAGCUACUCAGGCAUGUAAAAAGACUUUAAUAAAAUAAACUAUUUAUACUAUAUAUUACUCAUACAAAUCACCAUAAAUGCCUUUUAUAAUAUGUAAAUAAAAUUCUUUUAUACCACUAAACUAUAGAUAUAAAUUUUUUUUAGGGUGGACUUGUUUAUUUAUUAAUCAGGUGUAUAUUUAAAUUUAGGGUAGCCUACCAGUCACACCUGCUUAUGGGUAAAUUUAAAGCAAUUUUUCUUAAUAUAUAAACCUUUUUCCUUUUUUAAGAAUUUUUUUUUUAUUACAAAAAGUUAACGCUUUAUAAACUUAAUUUAAAAUUUGGUUAUCAAGACUUAGAGAAUCCUAGGAUUUAAAAGUUAUUUUAUUUCAAAGCUGUUAAAAAAAUUAUGUGUAGAAUAGUUUGGAUAGAAUAUUUCUAAAACUUUGGAAUGAUAAAAUAAGGAUCUAUAUUGUAGCAUUUUUUGGUUGUGUUUUCUUAAAACUGAGCAUAAUCACAUGGGCAUCAUUACUGCUUUAUAUUCUUCUUGAUAUUUUACAUCUUGCUUGUUCAGAACAACCUACUGGUGCUUAUUUUACUCAUUUUUUAAAAUUUUGCAUUAUAUAGCAACUUGAAUUAAAGUCAUAAACAAUGCAUAUGUGAUACCAUGUUUGAGCUAACACUGAUACAGUAAACUGAUUGUGAUUGGUUAGAAUCUAUGUGUACAGCUUCCAUUGGCUGAGAGAUUAGCCUUAAACCCCAUCCAUAGAUUUCAUGACUCCUGAUAAAGAAGCCAAUAUUUUAUUUCUUUCUGUGUUACCUGUCCUUAUGAGUAUGUAACAGAUGUUACUAACUAUGUUAGAGAAUUAACACAUUUCCAUAUUUGGUUAUCUUAGUACAUACAAAAUAUUCUGCAUUCCUAAUUUAUCAAUCAAUUGUGCCAUACUCCCAUUUAUGAAAGUUCUAAACUUUUUAAACAGAAAUAUAUAUAACAAAGUUGCAUUUCACUAAUAAACUGCAUGGUGCUAUUUCAUUUCUUAUUUUGUAUUUAAAUAUAUUUUAGCCUUGCGCUAACACUAGGCAUUUUAAACUGCCUUUGUAAAUUGCGUUUGUUUUAUACAUGCAAAAAUCAUUAUCAGCUAAAUGAAUUUGUCCAUGCCCUAAUGCACAUUAUUAAGUGUUUGAUUAUAGGGAAAAUUGUUUUUCAAUAUUACACAUUAUUAUAAUCAAAUUUUGAUUGCUAACUCAAAGAAAAAUUAAUUUAUGAACUUACUCAUACAAUUUAAAGCAUCUAGUUUUUUUUUUAUCUUGGUAACAGCUAUGGAAACCAAACUGCUGUAUAAGUAUCACAUAUAUCAGAAUAUUGUACUACAGCAUAGACUUGACACUGCAACAGUUAUAUGGCGGUAUUCAUUCCAUCAUUAUUUUAUGGUCAUGUUUCUUAAUCAUUGACUGUCAUAAAUAAAUUUUUUAUUUUUUAGUAAUUGUAGCUCAUUAAAAAAAUAGUUUGAUUCGGUGAAAAUGCUUAUGUGCUGAGGUCUUUUUGUAAACAGUUUCUAACAGAGCCCUCCAUUUUUUUAAGCUUUCAUACAUUCCUUGCAUUAUUCUUUACUUAAAAUGCAUCUGCUUUCAUAAUUUGUUUGAUAAAAUCGUGUGCUAACUCUUUCACUCCAUCCCUAAGCUGCUGUAUAAACAGGUUGACAUUUUAGAGUUAUUUUUCUUGCUAGUGCAGUUUCACAGUUGAAUUUUAGCUUUGUACAUGAUUAGGUGAACAUGUUUUUUUUUUUGUUCUGGUUGCGUAGGUUGAAACCACCAUUUAUUUCAAUAAGUCCAUGCGCGAGAUUUUAAUUCAAAGAAUACAAGACGAACUCAUGAGUUGAGAGCCAGGCCAUGAAAGAAAGUAUCAAGUUAAAGAUUGAGACACUUGGGUGCUUCAUUACCAAAGUGUAAUCAUCUUUACAAAGUUGGAACUUUUCUUCAUACAAAAUAUCACUUUAAAUGUGUGGAGGAUUGGCAUGGCGUAGACUACUGGUACAUUCAUUGUAUUUCACUGUAGGCUCUUUUUUAAAAAAUAACCAGUGUACAUCCCGAUGUUGAAAUAUUUUUUAAGAAACUUAAUAUACUUAAGUUUUUCUAACAUUUACUGCGCUAAUAAGACAAUAUUUUUUUAAAGUAUAUUUUACUUUUUUGAUUAUCAGGUUUUCAGAUAUCAGGUUCUAUUUAGUUUACCUGUAAUUCUUUUAAAAUAAGUUUAAAGAAACUUUUUAAUGAUUUUUUUUUUCGUGAUGUUGGAAAAAUUCUAAAAUAAAAACAAUGUUCUAUU